AUGUAUUCGAUACAGAUGUUUCUAGGAAAGUGUAGGCGCCACUCGUGCCCAGACGACACGGUGUGUGUACCAGACGGGGCCACGUCAUCAAAACGGUACAGCUGUGAACCGUCUGACACGAAUGGAAACCAGACGAAUCAUACUUUGCAAAUUCCUGUUACAUGGCCCAGCGGCAUGUACGGAUUGAUGAUGACUUCUAAUGGUUGCCCGGGCGACUUAUGGCUGUCAGGUUGGCGCAGAUUUGACACGGAAGACACCGAUCCUGAUAACUACUUCACUGAUGGAAUUAAAAACUACUUAAAAGGGUAUUUUGAAAUCGACGAUAUUGAAACUCAUUUCUGUAUAAAGAACAUCCCCUCUUUCACGAGCUGCGACACGAGCUGGCCGAAGGGUUCCUACUGCAUACUGAUGUACGGAGGCUCCUGUCCUUCUGGUUUCCAAAGCGGUUUCAUACAGUGGAACAACGAAGACAACGGCAACAAAAAUGCACGAGGCGGAACUCUGCCGGAUGGCGUAUACGACAGCGACACCAGGAUUUACUUUUGCUGCAGGAACGACGGUCUGACAUCAACGGCGAUCAGUCUACCCACGGAUCAGCCCUUCAUUCUGGUGCGCAUUUCGACCGCCUGUCAGACCGUGUACGGUAUGGGUGUCACGGAAGUGUUCGUGCAGUGGGAUGAGGAUGACGUCGACGACGCCAGCGACCCCGGCGGUCUGCACCCGUACGCCGAUGACGGAUUCUAUAACCUCCGGCUGUAUUUCUGCUACUAUUAUAAUGGAUGA